AUGGCUUCGAUGACCUCGCUCCGCGUCGCACACCUCAACGGUGAGCUCGCGCAGCUCCGUUCGUCGCGGCGCUCCGGCCGCCGGCGCACUGCUGUGCGCUCGCCCGUCGCCAGCGCCGCGAUCGCGGAGGACUGGCGCGAAAAGUCCAAGCCGAUCGCGCCGGGCGGCAACUACCCCGCCAAGGAGCACUGCUCCCAGUGCGGCCUGUGCGACACCUACUACAUCGCGCACGUCAAGGACGCUUGCGCCUUCCUGGGCGACGGCAUGUCCCGCAUCGAGACGCUCGAGCCGACGGUGCACGGCAGGGGCCGCGACCUCGGCAACGACGAGAUGCGACUCGGCGUCGUGGACGAGGUCUUCUACGCCAAGCGCAACCGGCCCGUGGAGGGUGCGCAGUGGACCGGCAUCGUCACGUCCAUCGCGAUCGAGAUGCUAAAGUCGGGUAAGGUGGAAGGGGUGGUGUGCGUGGCGUCGGACCCGGAUAACGCGAUGCAUCCCAGGCCCAUACUCGCGACCACCGUCGAGGAGAUCCUGUCUUCCAAGGGGGUCAAACCCGCUCUGUCGCCGAACCUCUCGGUGCUCGCCGAGGUGGAGGCGCGGGGGCUGAAGAGGGUGCUGUUCAUCGGCGUGGGGUGCGCGGUGCAGGCGCUGAGGUCGGUGGAGAAGUACCUCGGCCUGGAGAAGCUGUACGUCAUGGGGACCAACUGCACCGACAACGGCCGCAAGGAGACGCUGUCGAAAUUUUUGGAAAACGCGUCUGAGGAUCCAGCCACCGUCGUCCACUACGAGUUCAUGCAGGACUACCAGGUGCACCUCAAGCACACGGACGGGAGCUUCGAGAAGGUUCCGUACUUUUGCCUUCCCGCGAACAAGCUCAAGGACGUCAUCGCGCCCUCGUGCUACUCGUGCUUCGAUUACGUCAACGGCCUCGCCGACAUCGUGGUUGGCUACAUGGGCGUCCCUUACUAUCACACGGACAUGACCCGACACCCGCAGUACGUCACGGUGAGGAACGAGCGGGGCAAGGAGAUGUUCGACAUGAUCCGCGGCGACUGCGACGUGACCCCCAGCGUGUCGAGCGGCGAGCGAAAGCCCUUCGUGAUGCAGACGGUCAUCUCCGACGACGAGGCGACGCUGGGCCGGGGGCCCGAGGAGCCCGCGCCGUUACCGGUGGGCAAGGCCAUCGCGUGGCUCCUCGAGAAGAUCGGCCCGAAAGGAAAGGAGUUUGGCAUGUACUCGCUCGAUUACCACACCAUACGCAACUACCUCUACGUCAAGCGCACCUUCGGGGAGGAGCGGGCGACGCGGCACGUGCCCGACUACGCCAGGCUCGUCGUCGACGAGUACAACGUCUACGGAGCCGUGGACGAGCGACUGAAGCUGACGGGCACGCCGCCGGUGGGCGAGGCGCUUCCGAGGCCGGCGCCGAGCGGGAGGACGCCGGCGCCGGGGGUCGGACCGGACGCGGGGGUUGGCGGCGCGGGGGAGGGCGCGGAGCUUCCGGAGUUUCUCAAGGGGGCGGAUCCCGGCGUCGUCGGCGGCGUCGUCGGGUUCCUGCUCUUCACCACGUUGGCGACAAAGCUCAUGUCUUGA